UACCGUGACUGCCCGGCGGGACCGGGAGGGAGACAGACAGACAGUGUCCGGGACAGAGAGAGACACAGUCGGUGAUUUACUCCGGGAUUUACCGGCGCCCGAUUCCAAGUUUCUAAAAAAAACAUUCUCCGGGAAUCCACAGCAGCGAAGGGCCGAGUGGCCGCUCAGUGACUCCAGACGGUGCGGGGGAUGGGCUUCAGCGAGGACCUGUGGUGCCCGCAGAGCCAUGCGGUGCUGCUGCGGCUGCAGGACUCGGAGCUGCGGCUGCUGGACGUGAUGAAGAAGUGGAUGAGCAGCCGUGUGCGCAGUGACCGGGAGUAUGGCGGGCUGCUGCACCAGAUGUUCACCCAGGCCGAGCGGCAGGAGGGCCUGGCCACGGGGGGAGAGUACCUCAGCCAGCUGGGCAAGUCCUGGGCCACGGUGGUGGGGCAGACGGAGACACUGAGCCGGGUGAUGCGCCGGCACGCGGACGACCUGAGCUCGGGCCCCAUCAACAAGUUGACCUUGCUCAUCCGCGACAAGCAGCUGCUGAAGAAGACCUACAGCGAGCAGUGGCAGCAAGUCCAUCAGGAGCUGCUCAAGCACACACAGAAUGAAAUCGAGAAGUUGAAGUCCCAAUAUCGACAGCAGGCCAAGGAAGUGAACACAGCAAAGAAACGAUAUCAUGAGGCCAGCAAAGACAAGGAGCGGGACAAAAUGAAGGACAAGUACGUGAAGGCCACCAUGAAGAUGCACCUCCUGCACAACCAGUACGUGCUGGCGGUGCGUGCCGCCGAGGUUCACCACCAGCAGUACUACACGCUGGAGCUGCCGGGCCUGCUCGACGCCCUGCAGGAGCUGCACCAGGAGAUGGUUCACAUCCUCAAGGACAUCGUGCAGGAGUACCAGGAGCUGACCAGCCUGGUGCAGGAGGAGGUGGUGACCGUUCACCGGGAGAUCAGCAACGCCAUCGAGGCCAUCGACCCCCUCACUGAGUACAGCAGCUUUGUCCAGCAGAACAGGUCGAUGACGGAGGUGCCCCCGGUUGUGACCUUUGACCCCAGUCUCCUGGAGGAGCUCGACGAGCUGCAGGCGGGAGAGCUGCAGGUGAACGACCUGACCAUCGAGUCUGUGCAGCACAGCCUCACGUCCAUCGAGGAGGAGCUACAGGCCAUGACGGACACCCUGGACAGUCGGCAGGCCACCAGCCGCCAGAUCUCCACCGAGAUUGCCACGGAGGAGCAGUCCGCCGGCUUCCGAUCACGGGUAUACGUGCUGAGCCGCCGCUGCGCGCUGGAGGAGAGCCGGCGGCAGGAGCGGGCACUGAGCUGCGGGCGGGCACGGCUGGACGGGCAGCGGCUGGUGCUGCAGCAGGGGCUGCGGGGGCUGGGGGAUAGUGAAGCCCCCCCCGCUCUGCAGCUGGACGAUGACCGCUACUCCGUCACCUCCACCGGCAAGGAAGGGGUGCGAUCCCUGACCCUGGAAACCCUGAAGAACCACAUCUCGGGACUCUUCAAACCCAAGUUCACCCUGCCGCCCCCGCUGCCCCUGGUGCCGGAGGUGCAGAAGCCACUGUGCCAGCAGACCUGGUACCAUGGGGCCAUCCCCCGCCUGGAGACACAGCAACUACUGGUCACUGAGGGCGACUUCUUGGUGAGGGAGAGCCGGACGAAGGGGGAGUAUGUGCUGUCCGUCAUGUCCACCGGGCAGUGCCGGCAUUUCAUCGUCCAGCAGGCAGACUCACAGUACCGGUUUGAUGGCGACAGCUUCUCCUCCAUCCCACUGCUCAUCGAUAACCUGCUGAAGACCGGCCAACACAUCACCAAGAAGACGGGCGCAACCCUGGUCAAACCCAUCAUGAAGGACAAGUGGGUUCUGGACCACGAGGACGUUCUACUUGGGGACCAGAUCGGCCAGGGUAACUUUGGGGAAGUGUUCAGCGGACGUUUACGGGUGGACAACACGCCGGUGGCCAUCAAGAUGUGUCGAGAGAACCUGCCCUCCGAGCAGAAGAACAAGUUCCUGAUGGAGGCCAGGAUCCUGAAGCAGUACGAGCACCCCAACAUUGUGCGGCUGAUCGGUGUCUGCACCCAGAAACAACCCAUCUACAUCGUCAUGGAGCUGGUGCAGGGAGGGGACUUUGUGUCGUUUCUACGCCACGAGGACAACCGACUGGUCACCAAGGACCUGAUAAAGAUGGCGGAGCAUGCGGCGGCUGGCAUGGGUUACCUGGAGGGCAAGCAUUGUAUCCACAGGGACCUGGCGGCGAGGAACUGCCUGGUGACGGAGAAGAACGUCCUGAAGAUCAGCGACUUUGGGAUGUCGCGGGAGGAGGAGGACGGGGUCUACUCGUCCACGGGUGGGAUGAAGCAGAUCCCCAUCAAGUGGACCGCACCCGAGGCCCUCAAUUACGGUCGUUUCACCACGGAGAGCGACGUGUGGAGCUACGGCGUGCUGCUGUGGGAGACGUUCACCCUGGGCUCCACCCCAUAUCCCCACAUGACCAACCAGCAAACACGAGAGGAGGUCGAGCAAGGCUAUCGCAUGAACUGUCCAGACUCGUGCCCGGAUGAGAUCUACAGCAUCAUGUGCCGCUGCUGGCAGUACGACCCAAAGAAGCGGCCCAGCUUCAGCGCCAUCCACCACGAGCUGGUCGGCAUCAGGAAGAAGUGGAAGUAAAGCCCGCAGACAGGCUGUGGGCAAAUAGCUGCCCCCUCGUCCUGUGUGUGUGUGUGUGUGUCAGGUUGGGUGUGUGUAUGUACGUGUGCGCAUGAGUGUGUGUGUCAGGUUGUGUGAGUGUGUGUGUGAGUG